AUGUCAGAAUCAACUUCCGCAUCAACCUCUGAGCCAUCCCGUGCUCGCGGAAGAGGUCGUGGAAAGUCCCGCGGUGGGCUAGGCAAGUACCUCCGCGCACGAGGUCGUGGUCGAGGCGGCCGUCCAGCGGAAUUCCAUAAGCGCUUAGUGCUGGAGGAUGAAGAGGUGGUUGAUCUCGACCCUGAUUCUGAAGAGGCGAAAGAGCUGCAAAAGAAGUAUGCGCGACGGCAACUUGGAUCCAACGCCGAUCGUUAUGCGGAGCCUGAGCCUGAGUUGGAUUCUGACGGAGAGGAGAUUCGUGAGCCGGAGAUUGACCUUUCGUCGUUUCUUGAGAGACAGCGGUUAUCGGACGUCUCGGAGGUGACUGCGGCGGUAGCGCCUCCGGUCGAUGAUGAUGAUAUCGACCAUGACCUCGCACAUAUCUCAUCUCAUCGUAACCCACCUCCAACAUCUCAGAAGGGGCGUGUACAAACGAUCGAAUGGGAUGCACAACUUGAGGAAAUGAGUCGCGAAAAGGCCGCUGCAGAUGCAAGUCGAGAUCUGAAAGCGCGAUUCCGUGCAAAGUCGGAGAAACUCAAGUCAAAGCCUCUCUUUACGCUCGAUAGAAAACAAGAUGAUAACUAUUCUGAGGCGCCAGCUCUUCCUACUGACGCACCGAGGAAGGCGCCCAAAUUGGAGAUGGAAGAUUUUCUCGACGAUUUGCUUGGUUGA